AUGCAGAUGAUGGAGCUUCAGGACCGGCAGCAGCAGCAGCAGCAGCAGCAACACGCUGACCAGCAGCAGCAGCAGGAACAACAGCCCGCUGACCAGCAGCAGCAGCAGCAGCAACCGGAGCCGCAGCAGCAGCAGCAGCAGCAGCAGCAGCAGCAGCAGCAGCAGCAGCAGCGUGAGGCUAGCAUCACGCUCGAGGGGUCACAAGGGACCCCCAGCGCUGAAGAGCUGCAGUCAUUCCUCUUAAACAUAGAAGACGCAAGCCCCGAAAGCUUUUCUCCCGCCGAUGAAUACCGCCCUGCGGGGAGUCCCCGCUACAAUGUCUGGGGGGCCGGCCGCCAGUCAGACAGCGAAACCCCCGAAACCCCCGAAGGUUGGAUUUCUUUUUUGAAAAACACUAUUCCCUUUUUCUUCGGAGGCAACGCAGUGAAGCAAAGACAAGCCAAGUUGCUGCUGAUAGAAGCCCUCGACCACUUCGACAUGAUCAACGAUUUGUUUUUCAUUUUGAGGGUUUCUCUCGUCCUCUGGAGAAGAGGGCCUUUUCAUGAACUGCGGAGUGUCCGUUUCGUGCUGCUGUGGCUGAGCUGUUUGCGUCUCUUCAUGCCCUUCGCCGUCUUCAACGAAAUAAAGCGCUCUGGAGUGCAGUGCCCUCAGGCACUGUUUAUGUUUGAGCGGCUGACGUGGACCUUUCAGCUGCUGAUGCGGCUCGUUGAAGAUUUGCCGCAGCUGAUAAUGUCUUUAAUUUAUCUUAUAAACAACGGAAAAGAUAUCUACGCCAUCGUCGUCAUCAGCUACAGCAGCACUAUGUUUCUUAUCACUUCAAUCCGCAUGGGCAAACGCUAUCCUUUCAAAGGCACUCUUUAUUUGCUGUUUUCUUCUAGAGCCCCCAUCGACGACCCAGUUGCCCAGGAGGCAGCGCCAACGACCACAGAAAUAACUCUCUUCAUGUCUUUCGGUUUGGCGCUGCUGUCGGUUUGCUGCUUGCUGCUUUCAAUUUCCUUUUUUUUCAUUUUUGUUUAUUUCAAAAGACAAAAAGCAAUUGAUGUGGACAAAGAGUUUCUCAGAGGCAUUUCCCUCAGCUCCAAGGAGCAACUCCUGGAUUCUAUGGACGAGAGCCACAGCAUUGCCGAUUCAGAAGAAAGCCAAAGGGUUUAG